AUGAAUUUGUCUGCUGCCAAUGUGACGGUGGUUGUACAAUAUGGGGAUUCCUUCUCCAAGGCUUUGAUUAAGAACCUCAUUGUUGUGGUCCUUUGGAUUUUCAUCAACUACAUGAAUGCAGGACUCACUUACACCUUCUCUAAACACCAGGUCUUCAACACAAAUCCCCGGUACAUCCUGUUUGUUCACUUGGUGAUCAAUGACAUGAUCCAAGUGACACUGACUGUGGCACUUUUCAUCACUAGCUACAUCUUCUUUAUGAUUCCUAUGACUGUCUGUUGCUUCUUUAUACUAAUUGCUAUCUUCACUACCGAAAACACACCACUAAAUCUGGCCUGCAUGGCAGUGGAGUGCUACAUCGCCAUCUGCAUCCCUCUACGCCACGCUCAGAUUUGCACAGUUAAGAAAACACGGUUGCUGAUUUUUUUAAUCUGGGCCACCAGUUUGGUGUCUGUUCUCCCUGAUCUCUUCAUGACUUUGGCUACGCAGUCAGAGGACUAUUUUAAAUUACGUGUGUUUUGCAUCAGGGAACGAGUUUUUCCAAAUCCCAGAAUUACAGAGAGGAGAAAUAUUACCUAUAUUGUAUAUUUGGUUUUAGUUUGGUGCAUUAUCUUUUUUAUCUAUUUCCGCAUAAUGUUCACAGCAAGAACAGCAAGUAAAGAUGCUAAAAAGGCAAGGAACACAAUCCUUCUCCAUGGGUUUCAGCUUUUGUUGUGUAUGGCAACAUAUGCAGAACCCCUUGUAAAAGAUAUGGUGUGGCAACAGUUUCGUGAUUAUUAUUUAGAUGCUCUGUUUGCUUGUUAUUUAUUGUUCCAAAUAAUACCAAGAUUUAUUAGUUCAAUUAUCUAUGGUGUACGAGACAAAACGUUCAGAAAGCACCUAAAAGGAUAUUUACUGUAUAAGAUAAACCGACAGUAA